CCAUUAUUUUGGUUGUAGUAGGCUUUUGUUUUGAUGGAGGAAACCCCGCAUCGAGUUUCACGUAGAAACCAUGGCGGGACCCACUGUCAAAACGACACCGUCGACGAAGAGAGCCGUCGACGACGGCAUUUCAACCACCACACUCACGGCAGCGAAGUCAAAUGCUCCAGUAAGAGAUGCCGAACGUGGGCGGCUGCGGCGAUUGCUGACUGUGUAGCGCUUUGUUGCUGUCCAUGUGCGAUCAUAAACCUUCUUACUCUCACUUUCGUCAAGGUCCCGUGGAUGAUCGGACGGCGAUGUCUCGGCGGCGGUCGGAGUAAGAAAAAGCGGAGGCUAAUACACAAGAGGAAACGCCGCGGGAAUAUCAACGGUGAAGAUGAGUUUCAUCAUCAUAAUAACCAUCACCGCCGGUUUGAGACAGCCGAGGGGGACGAGAAAUGCGGCUGCGGAGGUAUCGGAGGAUGUUAUGGCGGCGGAGAUUAUGAUGAUCACCGGUUUGUGGUAGAGAGAGAUGGGAGUUUAACGAAGGAGGAGGAGGAGGAGAAAACGACGUCGUGUAAAGGAGGAGAUCAUGAUGAGUCGAGAAUAAGUGCAAGAGUUGAAGCCGAGAGAGUGUGGUUAGAGUUGUAUCAGAUUGGUCAUCUUGGAUUUGGUAGAGUCUCUUUCACUGGAAUUCAAUGAUUGAUCAAUUUGUAGGAUUUUAGUUAUAUUCGAAUAAAUAUAAAAUGUGAAUGUUUUA